GGUUUUUAACGACAUCCGAGCGCCGCCGUCUCAGUCAGUCUCAGUGUCCGUCCGACUCGUGACUUCGUAUGUGUGGUUCGAUUUUCGGGUUUUGUUUUUUGUUUCUUCUCUCUUACGGGUUAGCCAAUAUACGUACAAUCGAACGGACUGAGAGGAGGCAGAGAAGUCGUUAUUCAGGACUCAAAGACGCCUUUCUCCCUCCGCCAGACAGUGAUCCUCAGGAUCGGGUCGAGGACGUGCCAUUUUACGAUUGCUCUUAAAGUUCGAUUGAGAGUUGGAUUAGUAAUUCUAUUGUGAAUCGAAUUAUAACAAUGCGAUCGCGAUAAAUAUCCUACUUCUCUGCACAUUAAGCGAAAAAAGGACUUUGUGCAACGAUCUGAUUGAUAGGACGAUAACCGAUCGAAUUGAUUAUUGAUAAUCGUGCGAGAGACCUGACGGCAGUACUGACCGGCGAGGAAGACGCAUUCUCGAAGAAUCUCGUAAUCUUGGUGUAACUACAAUUUCUACCGAUUAAGAUUAUGAGUUCCGAGUCGUGGACCUUGCCUCCGAAGCAAGGUCUGUAUGACCCUACCCUCGAACGAGAAGCUUGCGGCGUUGGUUUUAUCGUCGCCAUUGACGGGAAGAGGUCGCACAAGAUCGUUCGAGAUGCUCAGAUAUUGUCGGCGCGAAUGAAUCAUAGGGGGGCAUGCGCCUGUGAUAAUGAUACUGGUGACGGUGCUGGUGUACUUUGCGCAAUACCACACGAUUAUUAUGCCAAUGAAAUUCGCCAACAACAAAAGAUCGAACUGCCCGAGUUCGGACAAUACGCAACCGGUAUCUUGUUCCUUGACAAGAAGACUCAUAAAGAAGCAGAAGCCGCAUUUGAGAAGUUAGCUAAGGAGUGCAAUUUAAAAGUGCUGUGUUGGCGUAAUGUUCCCACCGAUAGCUCCCAGAUUGGCCAAGUGGCGAAGAAAUGCGAACCGUACAUGCGUCAAGUAUUCGUUACUGGCGAUCAAGAUGCGGAAACACUUAAGCGACAGAUUUUCGUGCUGAGGAAGCGAUCAUCGCAUUCAAUUCCGCGACCGGAAUUGCGAUACUACAUUUGCUCGUUGUCGUUGAAAACGGUCGUUUACAAAGGUCAGCUCACCGCUGAUCAGUUAUGGCUUUAUUUCACGGACUUGAAGUCUCCGAAAUUCGAAACCUAUCUGGCACUGGUACACACACGGUUCUCCACAAACACUUUUCCUAGUUGGGAAAGAGCGCAUCCUUUACGCUUGCUUGCUCACAACGGCGAAAUUAAUACCCUGCGCGGCAAUGUGAACUUUAUGAAGGCGCGAGAAGGUGUGAUGAGCAGUCAAAUAUACGGCGAUCAACUGAAGCUGCUCUAUCCAGUCGUAGAACCGAAUCUCUCUGACUCUGGAUCAGCGGAUUGUGUGCUCGAGUUCUUGGUGAUGGCGGGACAACGCUCUUUGCCCGAGGCUGUCAUGACAAUGGUACCAGAGGCUUGGCAGAAUGACUUAACGAUGGCUACUGAAAAGCGGGACUUCUACCAUUGGGCGGCGUGUGCCAUGGAACCCUGGGACGGUCCGGCUCUUCUGACCUUCACCGACGGUCGCUAUGUCGGUGCUAUUUUGGACAGAAACGGCCUGCGCCCGUCGCGCUUCUACGUCACUAAGGAUAACAUGAUGGUGAUGGCGUCCGAAGUGGGCGUCUAUGAUACUCCGCCCAGCAAUGUAGUCCUGAAGAGUCGCUUGAAGCCCGGCCGGAUGCUUCUCGUUGAUACCGAAGAGAAGAGGAUCAUACAGGAUGUCGAACUGAAGUUACAAAUCGCUCGAAGAAGGCCUCAUUCCAAGUGGCUCAAGGAACAGAGGAUCACUAUGGAUGAACUGCGUGCCGCACAUGUUUACAAUAGCAAUACAGGGGACAUAAUCGAAAAUAGUCUAUCUGUCGAAAAAAAGAACGCUAUUAACGGCAUAAACGAGGUUUCGGCCGUGAAUAAAGUUUGGAGCGGCGACAAACGGCUCUCUCUUUAUGGUUAUACUCUGGAGACUAUCAAUUUACUACUUCUACCUAUGGUGCAAACUAAGAAAGAAGCGUUAGGAUCUAUGGGUAACGACGCUCCCCUAGCGUGUUUAUCGGAAUUUCAACCGUUAUUAUACGAAUACUUCAAGCAAUUAUUCGCGCAAGUAACGAAUCCACCGAUCGAUCCAUUCCGUGAAAAGAUCGUAAUGUCGAUGCUCUGCCCAAUCGGGCCGGAGAGUAACAUUCUAGAGCCGAACGAACUGCAAGUACAUCGUCUAUUCUUGCCUCAACCGAUAUUGUCUUUAAGUGAUCUUGAGGUUCUCAAGCACACGACCCAUCGCAAUUGGAGAACAAAAGUGAUCGAUAUCACUUACCCUCUUGAAGAUGGGCCUGGUGGUUUGUUGAAAACGCUGGAUCGCGUUAAUAAUGAGGCUAAUGCGGCUGCUAGGGAUGGUUAUCAAUUGCUCGUGUUAUCUGAUCGACGAGGUGGUCCAACAAGGAUUCCGGUAAGUAGCUUAUUGGCGUUAGGUGGUGUUCAUCAUCAUUUGAUCGAAGAGAGACAGCGAAUGAAAGUCGGUCUCAUAUUGGAAACUGCCGAGGCUCGAGAGGUGCAUCAUAUUUGCGUGUUACUUGGUUAUGGAGCAGAUGCCAUAUGUCCUUACUUGGUAUUUGAGAUGGCAAAAAACCUAAGAGCAGAUCACGUUUUCGAUGAAACCUUUACCGACGAUAUUAUUUAUAAGAAUUACGCAGAUGCUAUGGAACGAGGAAUCGCGAAAGUGAUGGCCAAGAUGGGAAUCUCAACUUUGCAAUCUUACAAAGGAGCGCAGAUAUUCGAAGCAGUUGGAUUGGCUGACGAAGUCAUCGAUAAAUGCUUCAAGGGUACUCAUUCUCGUAUUGGUGGUGUGACGUUUGAUAUUUUGGGCAAAGAAGCGUUCCAGCGACAUCAAAUGACGUACUGGGACAAACCGAUGGAUUUGCUGGUCAUUCGCAAUCCAGGAAUUUAUCAUUGGCGAUCCGGUGGCGAGAAACAUAUUAAUGAUCCUGCUAGCAUCGCUAGUUUACAGGAAUAUGUUGUCUCCAAAAAUAACUCUGCUUAUGAAAAUUAUCGCAAAACCACGAUGGAAGUAGUAAAAGCUUGCACUUUGCGUGGCCAACUUCAACUGAAAAAGUCGCGCGAUCCGAUUCCUAUUACGGACGUGGAAUCCGCAUCACAAAUUGUGAAACGCUUCGCGACCGGCGCGAUGAGUUUUGGUAGCAUCUCCAUGGAAUCUCAUACUACUCUGGCAAUCGCUAUGAAUCGCAUCGGUGGCAAGUCGAACACCGGUGAAGGUGGUGAAAACGCAGACAGGUAUCUAAACCAAGACCCGGAGUUUAGCAAGCGUUCGUCUAUCAAGCAGGUAGCAAGUGGACGCUUUGGCGUUACUGCCAGUUACCUGGCAAAUGCAGAUGACUUGCAGAUCAAGAUGGCACAGGGCGCGAAACCCGGUGAGGGCGGCGAGCUUCCCGGUUAUAAAGUCACCGCAGAGAUUGCUGCUACUAGGCAUUCGGUACCCGGAGUCGGUUUGAUCUCACCGCCACCACAUCAUGACAUCUAUUCGAUCGAAGACUUGGCCGAAUUAAUUUAUGAUCUUAAAUGCGCCAAUCCAAACGCCCGUAUUUCCGUCAAACUCGUAUCUGAGGUCGGAGUGGGUGUCGUCGCCGCUGGCGUCGCCAAGGGUAAGGCCGAACACGUGGUGAUAUCUGGCCACGACGGCGGCACUGGCGCCAGCAGCUGGACUGGCAUCAAGUCUGCCGGUUUGCCCUGGGAAUUAGGCAUUGCCGAGACGCAUCAGGUGCUGACUCUAAACAAUCUGAGGUCGCGCAUGAUUGUGCAAGCGGACGGCCAGCUGCGUACAGGUUUCGACAUCAUAGUGGCUGCGCUGCUUGGUGCGGACGAAUUCGGUUUCAGCACCGCUCCAUUGAUCGCAAUGGGCUGCACAAUGAUGAGAAAAUGCCACUUGAACACUUGCCCAGUGGGCAUCGCCACGCAAGAUCCGAUAUUGCGAAAGAAAUUCGAGGGCAAGCCAGAGCAUGUGAUUAAUUUCUUCUUCGCAUUGGCUGAAGAGGUACGUUCGCACAUGGCGAAUUUGGGCAUCCGCAAAUUCCAGGAUCUAAUUGGACGUACAGAUCUCCUUAAAGUACGUGAUGACAUCUCUGUUGAGAAAGCCAAGACUCUGAAUCUUAGCAACGUUCUGCGAAGCGCACUGGACUUACGACCUGGCGUGAAUAUCAAAGGCGGCACCGUAAAACAAGAUUUCCAGCUGGAGAAUAGACUUGACAAUAAACUAAUUGAACUAGCCGAGCCUGUUUUGAACGGGGUACACAAUCGAGUCGACAUCGAAAUGAACAUCAACAACGAAUGUAGGGCAUUCGGUUCGACACUGAGUUAUCAUAUAGCUAAACGAUUUGGAGAAGCUGGAUUGCCCGAGCAUAGCAUUAAUAUCAAGAUGAAAGGCUCUGCGGGUCAAAGUUUCUGCGCUUUUAUGACAAAGGGUAUUCAUGUUACUCUCGAAGGCGAUGCUAACGAUUAUGUCGGCAAAGGUCUUUGCGGAGGUGAAAUCGUCAUAUACCCGCCGAAGGAUUCAGAAUUCAACUCGGAGGCGAAUGUAAUCGUCGGGAAUGUUUGUCUUUACGGAGCUACUUCCGGAAAGGCCUAUUUCCGUGGUAUCGCUGCUGAGAGAUUCAGUGUACGUAAUAGUGGAGCGAUUGUCGUAGUGGAGGGUGUGGGUGAUCACGGUUGCGAGUAUAUGACCGGCGGUUGCGCUUUGAUUUUGGGUCUUACCGGUAGAAAUUUCGCGGCUGGAAUGUCCGGUGGAAUCGCGUAUGUUUUGGAUGUCGAUGGUUCUUUCAAGAGUAAGUGCAAUCCCGAAAUGGUGGAGUUACUACCGCUCAACAAACCAGAAGAAAUCGCCUAUGUGAAAAAACUAUUGGAGGAAUUUAUCGAAAAGACCGGCUCACUGAUCGCACAAGACUUGCUAGCCACGUGGCCAGAACCGACCACAAGAUUCGUCAAGGUCUUCCCUUACGAGUAUCAGCGAGCCCUCAAGCUGGAAGAGGAAAAGCAACAAACUCCCAACGUCAUUAACGGUAAUGCGCAAAUGACAAACGGCAAGAUCAAAGAUAUAGAAGAUUCAAUAGAGGACGCGGAGAUGGCACAGCGGAAGUUGGACAAGAUCAAGGGUUUCAUGAAGUAUUCAAGACAAAAGAUUAUGUACAGACCUACUGAGAAGCGUAUAAAUGACUGGGAUGAGAUAUACAACUUCCAGGGUGUCAAAAAGACUCUGCGAGUGCAAGCUGCAAGAUGCAUGGAGUGUGGUGUUCCAUUUUGUCAGAGCAGUCAUGGUUGCCCAUUGGGCAACAUCAUUCCUAAGUGGAACGAUCUUGUAUUCCAUCAAAACUGGAAGGAGGCCUUAAAUCAACUAUUGCAAACUAAUAAUUUCCCUGAGUUUACUGGAAGAGUCUGCCCCGCACCUUGCGAGGGUGCAUGCGUCCUAGGAAUUUCCGAACCACCUGUGACAAUCAAGAAUAUUGAGUGCGCCAUAAUCGAUCAUGCGUUCGAACAAGGCUGGGUCGUACCUCAUCCACCGACAAGAAGAACCGGACGAUUAGUUGCUGUAAUCGGAUCUGGUCCUGCGGGAUUGGCAGCCGCUCAUCAAUUGAAUAAAGCGGGUCAUACAGUGACUGUAUUUGAAAGAAAUGACAGAAUCGGUGGAUUGUUGCAAUAUGGUAUACCGACGAUGAAGUUGUCUAAACAGGUUGUACAGAGAAGAGUAUCUCUGCUCGCCGCUGAAGGAAUCAUUUUUAGAACGAACGUCGAUGUAGGAAAGAACAUUACAAUGCAGGAACUUCAGGAACAAUACGACGCGAUUAUGUUAUGUACAGGCGCGACAUGGCCUCGUGAUUUGCCGAUUCCAGGUAGACAGCUGGAGGGAAUACAUUUUGCAGUAAGCUUCCUAGAGCACUGGCAAAAGAAACAAAUGGGUAACGCAACGCCCUUAGAUAUGCGGCUAAUAGCCAAAGGCAAGAACGUUAUCAUCAUCGGAGGCGGGGACACUGGAUGCGAUUGUAUAGCAACCUCACUACGUCAGGGUGCAAAGUCAAUUACAACCUUUGAAAUCUUGCCCGAACCACCAGUCCAGAGGGGCAAAGAUAACCCGUGGCCUCAAUUUCCGCGAGUGUUCAAGGUCGAUUAUGGUCACGAGGAGGUAUCCCUGAAAUUCGGCCGAGAUCCGCGCAGAUAUAGUACAGUGAGCAAGGAAUUCUUGGAUGACGGAAAGGGUCACGUGAGUGGAAUCAGGACGGCGACCGUGGAGUGGCGGAAAGACGAGAAUGGACGAUGGAAAAUGGAAGAAGUACCAAAUUCAGAGAAAGUAUACAAAUGCGAUCUAGUAUUGCUCGCAAUGGGUUUCCUUGGACCCGAGAAGUACAUCGCCACGGAAGUGAACACCGAAUUGGAUGAAAGAGGAAACUAUAAGACUCCAGUCGGAAAAUAUUGUACUAGUUUACCCAAAAUAUAUGCGGCAGGCGAUUGCAGACGUGGACAAUCUCUGGUAGUGUGGGCGAUCGCAGAAGGUAGAUUGGCCGCAAAGGAAGUUGAUUUGGCCUUGAUGGGAGAAACCGGCCUUCCCGGAAGCGGUGGUGUCAUAAUCGGCGUUAGUGCUUAAGGACCUUCACGAUGGAUGUUGG